AUGGCGACAGCAACAACUACGACGACGAGAACAUUCGGCGACUCGGGUCCAAAACACCGAGCUUGUGAUGAAUGCCGCACGCGCAAACUCGCCUGCACCAAAGAGGCCGAUGGGUGCUCACGAUGCAAACGCGAAGGCAUCGCCUGCCACUACUCACCUCAAAAACCCAUGGGCCGGCCGCGAAAACGGCCCCUCGAACUAUCGAAUGCCGAGAUUAUGGAUACGGCGGCGCCAGCCUCUAAGACCGUGAUGAUGGACAUACCGCCCGACACAUCGGACCCAGGACUCGCGUUUAUCAAUCUACUCACAACAGGCGACACGAGCUAUGACGCAGGCUCGCAAGAGCGGGGGUACUCAUGGGCAUUCGGGUACGCAGGUGAUAGCCUGGGAGACGUAGGCUUCGACCCAGUACCGCAAACCACGCCCUCAUACACACCGACUCUAAUCGACCCCUCACUCUUCAUAUCCUUAAACACGAACACCAAACCCCCAUGCGUCGACCAAGUCCCAACCCUAUCUCCGAACUCCGCAUCCACGCCCGAGAGCACACAAGCCGGGACCCCGCCACAAAAUAGUUGCGCGCACACCGCGGCUCUGUAUUUGGCGCUUGAUUCUAUGCAACAUGUACCAGAGGGCGUCGAAGACGCGAUGAGGCAUGCGCGCCGCGCGACUCGGACGGCGUACGAUGUGGUAAAUUGCCCCGUCUGCUCCUUCAAACUCGAGCCCCCGGAUCCGAUGGCCAUGUCCUCGGAUGUAAUGCGGAAUUUCCAGAAUUUGAUGUUGCUUGCUGCGCUUAUACCCAGUAUAGCACAUGCAUAUGAUCGCAUAUUACGCGCCGUGGAUGAAGAAACUCGACGUGCGACUGCGGAGAGGAGACGGUUGGUGUUUAAAUUGAGGAUGCUGGGGGGUGUUUUGUUGGAUGGGGGCGGGUGUCCGAUGAGUGGUUCGCGGGGUAGGGAACAGCAACAACAACAACAGGAAGAUCCGUGUAAUGCGGAGGGUUGGCUAAAUCAUCGCGAGAUGGAACCUGCGAUGUGGAGGCUUGCCGUGCGGGCUCUGCUUAAAGCGGAUGUGUACGGACUCACGGGACAGGACGCAGCGUCCGCAUCGGGGGAUUUGACGCCGGUACUGCAUAUUGGGUUGAAGGAUAUCGUACUCCAGAUGGAGCAGAGGUCUAAGGCUCGACAUGCGGUGCUCGAUGCUAUGGUCCUGGCGGGUGCUUGGAAACCACCGCCGGAGGGGUGCGGUGGGGUUAAUGUGCACCCGACGAAUGGUGAGACCCCGACGUGUCAGAAGAUUAUUGCGAUUGCGAAGGCGGCUAUUGAUAACCUUGUUAUUGCGUGA